ACCCGCAGCUGAUGUGGCUGUGGGAAGGCAGCUCUGCUGAGCACCGGACGGCCGUGGCCUCUGAGCUUGGUGCCCUAGUCCCUCCUGUGGCGCGCUGGGCCGGUGGAAAAGGGGGCGGAGAGGAGAGAGCAGAGGAAGGGGCGGAGGUCACCCAAGCCCUGCAUCCCGCCCAGGCGGCAAACGCGACUAGGUGCGGCUGAUCGGAGGGGCGGCGGCGGCCGGCGGGCUGCGCCUUAGGGAAGGAGAGCGCGGCGGAGGAGACGGCGGCGGGAGCGAGCGGUGCCCGGCAGAGCGGGCGCUGCGCUGGGGACCCGGGCGGCGCUGCGCGGGACUGAGCGCCAUGGCGCACGGAGCGGCGCGCUCCAGGCUCCGCCGACAGCCCAGCCGGCGGCCGCGGACCUCGAGAUGCCUGGACUGCGAGCCUGCACAGCUGUGAAACGGCGAUGACUUGAGGGACCAGCGGUUAUCUCCACAACGAUGUCCAUGAACAACUCCAAGCAGCCAGCGUCUCCUGCAACGGCGCUUCUUUCGAACACAACCUGCCAGACGGAAAACCGGCUUUCGGUGUUUUUUUCAAUCAUCUUCAUGACAGUGGGGAUCUUAUCAAACAGCCUGGCCAUCGCCAUUCUCAUGAAGGCGUACCAGAGGUUUAGACAGAAGUCCAAGGCGUCGUUUCUGCUUUUGGCUAGCGGGCUGGUCGUCACAGACUUCUUUGGCCAUCUCAUCAACGGAGCCAUAGCAGUGUUUGUAUAUGCAUCUGAUAAAGACUGGAUCCGCUUUGAUCAGUCAAACAUCCUUUGCAGUAUUUUUGGUAUCAGCAUGGUGUUCUCUGGCUUGUGCCCACUUUUUCUAGGCAGUGUGAUGGCCAUUGAGCGGUGUAUUGGUGUCACCAAACCGAUAUUUCAUUCCACAAAAAUUACAUCCAAACAUGUGAAAAUGAUGCUGAGUGGAGUGUGCCUGUUUGCUGUUUUUAUAGCUUUGCUGCCCAUUCUUGGGCACAAAGAGUAUAAAAUUCAAGCUACAAGGACCUGGUGUUUCUACAACACCGAAGACAUUGAAGACUGGGAAGAUAGAUUUUAUCUCCUACUUUUUUCUUUUCUGGGCCUCUUAGCCCUUGGUGUUUCAUUCUUUUGCAAUGCCAUCACAGGAAUUACACUCUUAAGAGUUAAAUUUAAAAGCCAGCAUCACAGACAAGGCAGGUCUCACCAUUUCGAAAUGGUCAUCCAGCUCCUGGCUAUCAUGUGUGUUUCCUGCAUUUGCUGGAGCCCAUUUCUGGUAACAAUGGCCAGCAUUGGAAUCAAUGCAGAUAAUUCUCUAGAGACCUGUGAAACAACACUUUUUGCUCUCCGAAUGGCAACUUGGAAUCAAAUCCUAGAUCCCUGGGUAUACAUUCUUCUCCGGAAGGCUGUCCUUAAGAAUCUGUACAAGCUUGCCCGGCGCUGUUGUGGGGUGCAUGUGAUCAGCUUACAUAUCUGGGAGCUGAGCUCUAUUAAAAAUUCCUUAAAGGUUGCUGCUAUUUCUGAGUCACCAGUUGCAGAGAAAGGAAGUCAGCAAGCACCUAGUUUAGUAGGACAGUAAGUCAGUGUAGGGCUAGAACAAAAUUAAGAAUAAUUUGUGCAAUAUUUCAGUUAAUUAGAUAAAGAUAUGUAGUCUAACUGGAAAAUUCAGACCUCAGCAUGUAAUUUGGGAAUACUUUUUGUUGGAUUCAGCUUUUUAAACUUGUUAAGUUAGCUGCAUGACUGUGCACUUUUCCUUCUUUGUCAACUGGACGUAGAAUGAGAUAAUGCUAUGAGAGUCAAAUAGACAAUAAUUUUGAGUUUAUCUGUGUGACUCAUUCUUUUGGAAUAAAUGAAUCUGUUAAGGUCUGCUGCACUUAAUGGCCAGUGUAUCAGAAAACGCCUUAUGGUACCUGCACAGUGAAAUGGCUAUUUUGAGAUCACUGCUCCACAGCCACUCCUUAUUCCACGUAAACUAGACUCAUUGAAGUAGAGCACUGCCAGUUUUUGGUUCUGGUCUGUUUUACCAAUCAUUAUGUAGCCUCAAUCAGUAUAUAUGCAUGGUUAUGACAUCUGAGGUUCACUGUAGCUUGCAGGUGUAGCUGACAGGUCUUUUCCUCUUGCAAACCUCUUUAGAAUGAGCCCAUUCUUGUUAUACUUGACAAAUAUGACUGCUUGCACUUAUCAUAAGGAAAGUCAAUUUUUGUUUGAAAGAUUUUUUCGCCAAGUCAUAGAUUUUCAGUUUUCAAACAGUCUCCUUUUUGUCUGGAAAUUUUAGUGUACUGAUCUACAAUAAUUUUAGAGAAAUGAAAGUUUUCUCUUAACAGAUACACCUUGUACAAUAUUAGUUUCUAAAAAGCUCUGCCAUGCUUAAACCCCAGUGAUGUGCGCAAAGAACGUAGGCUAACGAUGCUUUACUGUGAGCCAUCAUUUCUGUGUCAGAGAAUAAAAAAGUUCAUAUCAUUUAAUAUUCACAAUCUGCAGUUAGUGUGUUUCUGAUUUACAAAUACACACACACACACACACACACACACAGAUCAGAGAAUUGUGUUGAGAGCAAGUUCACCAAAUCAGUAAGAUUGCAUCUUGUAAUGCUUAUGCUACCAGCAUCAAGGGGGACGAUUGGAAAUUAGACAUUCAUUUUGGAAUCAUUUUAAUUGUUAAUCAGAAAUUGAGGGAAAAUAAUGUCCCUGCACAUUUCCCAGUAAUUCACUUUUCUUUUGCUUCUUAGUAUAGUUCUACCCACAUUCUGAUUCAUUGGGUAGAAUGUGUUAGUGUGCAUUCAAAAUGUCCUGGGUCUGUCAGAGGUUAGGCUAGGUAGGUCUGCUUUAUAGUACGGAAAUACAUUUCUAUGAAAACUUUCCCACUUUCAUUAAGUUAGAUCCAUUUAAAAAUUAAUUUCCCCUCUGAGACUGAUUUCAGACUUUCAAGGAAAUCUCUGAAUUUCAACUAAACUUAAAACAAUAUUUUCAUAUAUUCAUGCUUUAGGUUGUUAGUUUACAUUGGAAUUGUUAAUUUUGGGGAAUUUUGGUAAAUUCUCAUUCAUAAAUUAAAAGAAAUUAAGCAAAUAGCCUCAGUGAAGAUUUAAAGCAAUUAUUGUUUUCAGUGAGUUUAAAGAAGAAACACAUAUAUUGGCACAUGAUAUUUUUAAGACCAGUAAAUGAUUAAUCACAUAACUUUAGUUUAUUCUCCUAUAAAUAGCACAUAAUAGAUCCUAGAUGAAUACUUGCCAAAUGUAAUUAUAGACAGGAAUUUCCUGGUGCAAAUUGGACACGGAAUUGCAAAGCUUUUGCACAUUUUUAACUUAAGCUGACAGUUACAUAUUGAUUAUUGUAGUGUAUAUAUGUAUGUAUAUAUGUAUGUGUGUGCAUGUAUGUGUAUAUAAUGCAUAUUUCUAAACAAAGCCAUUUUAGUUUGUGACUGCUGUUAAAUUGUAUAAAUGUUCUCAUGUGUCUCAAGAGCACUUUAAGCCAAGAAGAACUUUCAGACAUUCCAUUUACUUUCAGACCAGGUAUUUAUUUCCUGCAGCUGCUUAAGUGUGGUGGUAUUCUGUGAAAUAAAGCACAAGGAACCAAAUCUCUGUCCUUGCCCGUCACAUUGGAUAAAAACCCGCAAUGAACAUUUUCAUGUGCUUUGAGUAGGGAGAGGCACUGAGAAGAAACUCAUUUGCAGGCUACAGGCCUUUUCUGGGGAGCCUGAUCCAGUGGCAGAGGUGUCAGUCUGUUGCCACAGUGUCAUCCUAGCCAUGUGGUCUGCACUGAAGAAAUCUUGUGGGCCAUUACCUUGUGUGGGAUGCAAAUAUUUGCGACAAAGGAGUCACUCUGCAUGUUCUAAAAAGCUAUCUAUAUUAUCUGGGCAUAGCUUUAGGGCAAUCAAAUUGGUUUUAAGGUGGUGUGAAAUGCACCAAGUAGACAUUGAAAAUUGAAAAAAAAUACUAAAAGAAUGUGUGUUUAUAUUGUUUUAGGCUUUUUUACCCCAAAGAAAACAAGAAAGUGAACACAACUUUGUGCAUAUCUCACUUUAGAAUUUUGUUUCUGUUAUUAAAAAUUCCACAUAUAAUUUGCAAUUUACUACAUAAUGACCAAUAGAGAGUCCACCAAUAACUUCCAUAAAUGUUCCAAAUGGAAAUAUAUUUGUUCUGAUUUUUGGAAGUGAAUAGUACAAAACAUUUUAACAGAUUCACCAGUUUGAUUGAAUGAAGCUCUGUUUUAAAAUUCACAGAUACAUCUUCAGUGUAACUGAGUAUCUCUUUGCAUUGGGUAAAGUAGUGCACAUGCAGUUUCACAUACUAUUGCAGCAUAGGAUUUCUGGAGAUUACGUUCUAGGCAAGUGAUAAACAUGUCACAGAUAUUUUUAGUGUCUGCAUUUAAAAAAUGAGAUAAAAUUGCAUAUGGGCUUUAGGAUUAUGAAUAUAAAGACAGAGAAUGCGGACUCAUAAUUAGCUGUGGGUACAUCCAAAAACAUCAGGAUUUUUAUGAUGGGUUCAGUUAGGUGAUAGAAAAAUGCCCUUUAAAAUUUUUUUCUAGAGAUAGAAAGUUGCUUUUAUCUGGAUAGCUAAAGUGGAAAAUUCCUAAAUAGUAAUACACACACAUAUGGAUAUAUUUGUGUUAUGUAACAAGUUGUCCUGUUUGUUCACAUUAGUACUUAAAAAGAUAAACCUGCUUUAGUUUUGGGCCUAAUUUGAGCUUAGAACCUAAGUAAGAGCACUUGUUAAACAUAUAUGGUGAGCUGUUGUGAAAACUGUUGCUAGCUUUACCUAUACCACCAUUGCUCCAAAUUAACUGUUCAGGAUCAGAGUGUAAAGACCAGGAAUGUAUAUUUUCUUGCUCCCUCAUCUGGGUGUUAGAAUUUAUCACCUGGUAAAUAAUGUUGGACUUCAACUUGUUUUUGACACACUUUAGUAAAACAUGAAGUGUAUUCUUUGUUAUGUGAAUAAGUGUAUUUUGUGCUUUUCUCUAUAUAAAAGAUUAAGUAAUGAUGUGUAUAUGUUGUUGCUUGUAUUGGUAUGCAAUUUAUGUAAUUUUAGUGCUUUGACUAGCUUGAAGCAUCAAAUGAUUUUAUAAUAAAUGUGGACUGACAUUUA